GGCAGCCAAAAGGAGUCGUUCUACCAGUUUGCUCGAUUCGAUCCUUGACCGAUUCGCGUGCGAUAAUCGGAAAAUUCGGACAGUUUUUCAGUCUUUGUUAAUACCAGUGAGACCUUACCCCUUACCCUUCAGUUUCUUGUUCGACGUCGACCGCGGCGACCGUCGCAUCCGAGGAAUUUGGAAUAACACGUAAACGAAGUGAUGCCAAGAUGAACGUUUUCGGCGAGAACGAUGUCAGCUGGCUGGACAGCCUUGUCGCCAAAGUGACAGCGAACCUGAAGGACUUCAAUGACGCAACCUACGAGCUGUUGACGCCCGAUGAUUGCUUCUUCGUGUCCAGCAUGUUCUUCGUGAAGAUCACCGCGAACAGCAACGAGAAGGACGCGUCCAAGACCAAGACCCUGAGUCUGGUGGUGAAGAGGCCCACCCCUUUGGCAAUCGUCAGAGAUAUGAUGCACAUAGACGCUCAGUUCCACAACGAGAUCCUGUUCUACAGGAGAUACGCGAUGGGUAGCAAGGACUUUUCGUCUUUGAUCUACGCGGACGAGAACCCACCGACCGAGUCGGUGAUGGUUUUCGAGAAUGUCACCAAAAAGGGAUACAGCCUCUGCAAAUCGAUGCACAACGUUCCUCUAGAGUACACGAUGGCUGCGAUCCGCGAGAUCGCGAGGUUCCACGGGAAAGGAUACGUUAUGAAGCAUCGUAAAAAGGAAGAAUUCUUCAGUAUUGUCGGUGAUAUAUGGGAGACGAGAUACUUCAAUGAUCCAAGCGACGAGUUUGUGAUGAUGAUAAAUCGAACGUCGAGCAGAGCGAUCGAAUACCUGCGCAAGAAUGGCUACGACAAGGACUUUUGCGACAAGAUGAAGCCCUUCUUGGACAACGUGACCGAGAAUUAUAUGAACAAGUGCGUCGAACCUGAAGAACCUUUGUCCACGCUCUGUCACGGCGACUUCACGCUAAACAAUACAUUUUUCAAGAAGGAGAACGGCGAGUUGAAAGCCAUGCUCAUCGACUUCGCCUUGAUGAGGUACGGGUCGCCUGUUAUCGACCUGUCGACGUACCUGUGCCUUCACUGCGCCGAAGACCUCGACAAGGAUUUAAUAGUCAACGUUUUGAAAGUGUAUCACGAGUCUUUGGUGCAGUACUUGACGGAGAAUGAUAUACAAGACCAUGUGAUUAGCGAGACGUAUUCGUACGAGGCUAUACGCGAAGAAUUUAGGAAGAAGAGUUUGUUAGGUUACACUAUCGCGUCGUUUUUCUUGGCUGUGCCGAUGGGCAAAUCUACCUUCACACCUGAGGAAAUUGGGCAAAUGGAAUCGCAUGAAAGGCUGGACGUUCUAUACGAGCUGGGCGGAGAUGAAAUCUCGGCGAUUUUGGCGAGAAUGCUGUUAAACCUGAAAGAGUUCGGGGUUCUGGACGAUAUAGUGUGAUCGAAUUAGUAUUAGUAGCGUGUCUCCGAAAUCUGGAUACCGAGGCAACAGAGGUUUGCUCCUCAGACGUGUGGAUUUGUGAGUUUGAUGGCUUUCAGUGUUAGACUGUGCGGAUGUAACUCGUGGAGAAAGCAAUUUCAGAAUUGUAAGACUUUUAAUAAUAGUAGUAAGUGAUUGUUAAGUGUAAAUCCAUGCAAAGGAAUAAUUUUGGCGAAAGCGUGAGUUUUGAUAUGAAUGUGCCUUGAAUGAUUCAGCCCUCUAUCAUCUGGGCUUUGUUUUGGAAAAUAUGUAGAAGAAGAACAAUUUAAUUUGAAAUAAGACGACGGAGGAUAGAAAUUUGCAAAUGCGUUAAAAUUAGGUUAGCUUAUAGAAUAAGAAAAAAUGCAGAGACAAUAUUUGAUUUAGCUUAGGAGAUGAGAAGAUAGGGCAUUUUUAUGAGUACAAACAAUGGAUUUUAACUUUUGCUAAAUAAUUUAAAAAUUGGAAAACUUAAGGAACGAAUCAUCGAUGUCUGAGUAUUACUUGUUUACUUCUGAAAUUAAUAUAGGAACUGUUCCAAAGAUAGCUAUUUCGACAGUUGCGUGAUAAUUUGAAACUAUGUAAUAUUUUAUUAAAACUACAGACGAAAACGAAUAUUCGGUGUUCCGGUUAUGAUGUCAUUUUUAAAUACAUACGUAAUAAAAGU